AUAUAUGACCUAUAAUGUAUAUUGUUUAUUCAACGUUUAUACUCUUUGUAGACAGUGUGUACACGGGUUAACAUCAAGCAUAAAUAUUAACUAAUUUUAAGCAUUGUGUAGUUUAGUGUCAUAGUGUGACAGUUACAUAAUGGAGGCAAUAAGUAGAGGCUACCAUGUUUUGUUCUUUGAAAAAGCAGAUCCACGUGUCAAAGAUUGGCUGCUUAUGACCUCACCAUGGCCCGUAUUCUUCAUCAUCAGCGCCUACUUGGCGGUGGUGAAGCUGAUCCUGCCUAAGUACAUGAAGAACAGGAAGGCAUACGAACUCCGAACUGUCAUAAAGUGGUACAACGUGUUGCAGAUCGUUGCAAAUUCCAUUGUAACUUGGGGGAUAAUGACAUCAGGCUGGACAACGACCUAUCACUUCGGAUGCAUGUUACCCGACUAUUCCAUGAACCCAGAGGCUGUGCGGAUGCUACGAUUUCUGUGGUGGACGAUAAUCUUGAAAAUGAUAGAGCUAUUCGAUACCGUAUUCUUUAUACUGCGGAAGAGGGAAAGGCAGGCUUCCUUCUUGCACGUGUACCAUCACGUUAGCACGCUGAUCAUCAUGUGGUCGGGUGUGAAGUACGUUGGAGGUGGUAUAACUUCUUUCUCACCAAUGCUUAACAAUGCAGUGCAUGUUGUAAUGUAUACAUAUUAUUUACUCUCGCUGGAGGGAAGCCACACAGUCAAGGCUUAUCUGAUUAGGUAUAAAAAAUGGAUUACCAUAAUGCAAAUGGUUCAAUUCACAAUAAUGUUGAUAUACAGUGCUCAAGUGUUUCUACCAAGUUGUCCUGCAUCACUUGGGGUCCCUCUUAUGUAUUUCCCCAAUGUGUUCUUUGUAUAUUACAUGUUUUUGAAGUUCUUCAAAGAGAACUACUUAAAGAAAAUCAACAAGAACCAUAAGCCCAAUGAUAGCAAGAUAGUGAAUUAAUAAAUGUUGAAGAAAU